AUGCAAUUGGAUUCGUCAUUAAAACGAGUGGAACUUCAUGUACAUCUGGACGGAUCACCCAGGCCAAAUACCAUAUUUGAACUAGCCCAAAGAAAAGGAAUCAAGCUAUCGUUUGCAAAUUCUGUUGCACUUGAAAAUGCACUGCAGCCGAAAGAACCAUACUAUCUGGGCCACUUCUUACGAUCCUUUGAGUAUAUUUUGCCCGUUUUUGAAGGUGAUAAGAAGGAAGCAAUAGCUCGUCUGAGCGAAGAAUUUGUAGAGGAUUGUAAAAUCCGAAGUAAUUUGUGCUACGUGGAGACCCGAUUUUCGCCUCAUUCGUUAGCGGGGAACAGAAUGAGUGCAGAUGAAGCAACCACCGUCGUGCUGGAAGCUCUUACACGCGCCGCUGUUAAACACAAUGUUCAAGUUCGUCUAAUUUUGUGCAUUUUGCGCGAUAAACCGGAGAAUGCGUUUGAGGUUUUGGAUUUGGCACGAAAAUAUCGUCCACACGGUGUGGUAGGUAUCGAUCUGGCCGGUGAUGAAGGCAAAUGGAUGACAACCAAGUUUUCAGAUGAGAUUGUCCAAGUGUUUGAACACGCCAAAUCAGAAGGUAUUCAUCGGACUGUUCAUGCGGGUGAGAAUGGACCGGCUUGUGCCGUCGAAAACGCAGUUAAACAGUUGCACGCCGAAAGAAUCGGACAUGGUUACAGUGUGUUAAACGAUGUUCAUAUCCUCGACUUCGUAAAACAGAAGAAUAUACACUUUGAGCUAUGCCCAACAUCAAGCCUAAUGACCGGUGCCGCUAAACGAGGAUCCGUACACCCUUUGCAUCAUUUUGCUUCAGCCGGUAUGAACUACUCAAUAAAUACAGAUGAUCCAACGAUAACGGGUCGAUGGUUGGAUCAGGAACUGCAAUUUUGUGUUGACGGCCUUUCUGUGAGUGCGGAUCUACAAGAAGCCCAAAUCAAUGCUGCCCAAGCUGCAUUUUUGGACGUCGAAGAAGAUCGAGAAGCGCUAGUGAAUCACGUUCGAAACCGCAUUUGA